ACAAUUACUUUUACAAGCAGAAUUAUCCAUUGCAUCUAAUACAGCUGUUGAUUGGAUAAAUUUUUGUCGCGAGCUUUUAGCACAAUGGAUAACAAAUAAUCAGGAACAAAUUGGUGGUUUAAAUAAAAUUGUAGAGAUAGAUAAAGCCAAAUUCGGAAGACGGAAACAUUAUCGUGGACGUCUCAUAACUGGUCAAUGGUUAUUUGGAACUAUCGAACAUGAUACAGGCCGAUUUUUUGUUAUUCCUGUAGAAAACCGAUCAGAAAAAACUUUAACUUCAAUAAUACGACGUCUUAUUCUGCCAGGUUCUACUAUUUACAGCGAUUAUUGGCGUGCGUACA